AUGGCCGCUCUUCGACGGAAAUUCGGAGAAGACUACCAGGUGGUAAACACGAACCGAGAAACCACUUUCUCCGCGCCCGCGAAAAAGAAACGGCAGCGCUUCGUGGAGAAGAACGGACGCUGCAACGUUCAGCAUGGAAACCUCGGUGGGGAAACCAGUCGUUACAUCUCGGAUCUUUUUACUACGCUGGUAGACCUAAAGUGGCGUUGGAACCUUCUCAUCUUCAUACUCACCUACACCAUAGCCUGGUUGGUCAUGGCUUCUAUGUGGUGGAUCAUUGCCUACAUAAGGGGAGACCUGAACCAUGGUCACGACCCGUCUUACACUCCCUGUGUGGCCAACGUUUACAACUUCCCCUCGGCGUUUCUUUUUUUCAUCGAGACUGAGGCGACCAUCGGCUAUGGUUACCGUUACAUUACCGAAAAAUGUCCAGAGGGCAUCAUUUUGUUCCUCUUCCAGUCGCUGCUCGGUUCCAUCGUGGACGCAUUCCUCAUCGGUUGCAUGUUCAUUAAGAUGUCCCAACCGAAGAAGCGCGCAGAGACGCUUAUGUUCAGUCAGGACGCGGUCAUUUCGCAGCGUGAUGGAAAACUCUGCUUGAUGUUUCGUGUGGGCAACCUGAGGAACAGCCAUAUGGUGUCCGCACAGAUCAGGUGUAAACUCAUAAAGUCUCGACAGACUCCGGAGGGGGAGUUCCUGCCGUUAGACCAGUGCGAGCUGGAUGUGGGGUUUGGGACGGGGGCUGAUCAGCUAUUCUUGGUCUCUCCCCUCACCAUCUGUCACGAGAUCAAUCCCAAAAGCCCUUUCUUCGACCUGUCUCAACGCUCGCUCCUCAACGAGCAGUUUGAGAUCGUAGUUAUCCUGGAAGGCAUCGUGGAAACCACUGGAAUGACAUGUCAGGCCAGGACCUCCUACACGGAGGACGAAGUUCUGUGGGGCCAUCGUUUCCUCCCCGUCAUGUCUCUGGAGGAGGGCUUUUUCCGCGUGGACUACUCCCAAUUUCACAGCACCUUCGAAGUACCCACGCCACCUUACAGCGUCAAGGAGCACGAGGAGAAAGCCUCACUCCUGACGCCUUUGGCGACGCCUCAUCGCGAACGCCUCUUCUCCAUGGACUGCCUUGAGGCCGGGGAGGAGCGCACGUGCGGAGGGGCGGGCGCGGGUUCGAGGUUGCCCAGUAAGCUUCAGCGCAUGAGUUCGUCGGGUAAGGAGGACCUGCAGAGGAAAGUCCUCCGUCUGAGCUCCCAGCCGUCCGAGAAAGCCUCCAGCACCGGGGACCUUCCCCUCAAGCUCCAGAGGCUGGGGUCCGGGCCCGCCCCGGGCGACGGCGAAAGCCGGUUCCAGCUCAAAGCGCUUAAGGUGGGAUUCGAACCCAUGACCCAGUCGACGGGGAACCUGCACCAACGUAGUCUGUCUCCCAUCCCCACUCCCAUCUCCGCUCACCCUCACGGGCCGAUCCCCUCGGCGGGGGGGCGGCCGGAGGACAACCUGCCAGCUAAACUACGUAAGAUGAACGCUGACCGCUGA